AUGAGCCUCCAGACAUGCCCAGCAUGUGGCCGUAACAAUUUCACUGUCACUGGCCUUAGCCAGCAUCUUGCAAAGAGCCGUGACUCCCGAUGUCAAGCACUCUACAGGAAUUCACGCUCCCAAACAAACCCAAAUCCAGUCAAUGAAACCACCGAAAAUUUCGCACCUGAGUCAGGGCAUCCCAAGUUUGACUACUCUGCUUACUUUGAAGCUGAAGGUGACGCCUCUGAACACUCUCGCUCUCAAUGGACUGUGGAUAUCAUGCGUAGUAUCCACCUUAUUCCGAAGUUUGGAGACUUGGCUCCACGAGAAUGGACGAGCGAGACCGUUCUCGAGGACUGUAACAUGUUUUGGGUCAACUCAUACAUUGAUAGACAUACUUUCUCGAUAUUCAGUUAA